GAAACGAACGAACCUAAUGAAAAGUUUUAGUUUAAGUGCUACGAACGAAUUUUAUAUGCAAAUAUGAAGAUUACCUUAUUGCUGUUUAUUAUUGGUGUUUGUGUUGUUACGGCAAAAUAUCUCCCUGAUGAUUCUGAACCCAAUGGCCUGUUAUUGAGAAUUAAAAGAUCAGAUUCUGAAGAGUCCAACUCAUCUUCAGAACGUAAGGAUGACAAUGACAGCGAUGAUAACGAAGAUUCUAGAGAGAGAAAAUUAAAAGAGAGAGAAGAGAAACGUCGAGAAAAAGAAGAGAAAUUACGGCAUAAAAUACAGGAACGUGAACAUAAAGAAAGGGAAAAAGCAGAAGAGCGUCUUCGAAAACAAGAAGAACACCAGAAGAAACUUCAGGAAAAACGUUUGAAAGAAGAACACAAAGAAGAAGAAAGGAAGGAAAAAGAAGAGAAAAAAUUAAAUGAAAAAUUGGAAAAGGAAAGGCAAAAACAAGAAGAACGCCAGAGAAAACUGGAAGAGAAGUCUCUUAAAGAAGAACAGAAACGACAGGAAAAACUGAAAAAGAGACUAGAAGAAAUAAGAAAAGAAGCAAUAGAAAGAGAAUCUGACACUGACGACAGUUUGCUUGAAACCGAAGAAGAGAAUUCGGUUGAGUUUGAGGACGUCUGGAGAAACCAUAUAUACAUGAAAUAUGGCUUAACAUUAGCUAGCACUAGAUUGGAAAAGCAGGCAGCACUUGAUAGGUACUUGCAAGAAGAAUUAGGACUUCCACCAAACAGUACUAAGAGUGAACGUCGUCGCGCAAUUUUGCAAUUGAUACAAACUAAAUUACAAAAUGAUGUUGCUGAAAGGGAGGCACUACGCAAACAAUUUUUGAGUCACGUAAAUGCUAUUACUUUACAGAAAUUGCGCAAAUCUUUGGAUGAAGAUAUAGAGGAAUUAAACAAUAAAACAGAAUUGUUAAAAAAUAUAACCUUGCCAUGGGCAGCACCUGUUCAACAAACUCUAGAAGAAAAAAGAACACUGCUUCAAACUAUAUCACAAUUCUUAUCUAGUCUAAUACCUAAUUGGUUUGGUGAAAACCAACAAAAUAAUAAACCUAUAGUAGACAACACAGCAAGUAAUGGUGCUGCAUCUAGUCUUAACUCAGGCAGUACGAAUUCUGAGCCAAACUCAAAUGGAAAUAUUGUAACGGCAGAAAACUCAGAUGCUACAAGUGUUACAGUAUCUAACAAUCUAGGAAGUGAAAGCCCGAUAUUAGGAUUAGAUCACAGCAGUAAUAAAUCACCUGAAUUGAUAGUAAAACCAAUACUCAACGAAGGAGCUGAAACAGAAAUUAAUGGACCACCAGCAGAAAAUGUAGUGCCUGUAGCUGAAAAUAAUGGCAAUACUAUUACCGAUGUCGGUGUAGUUGAAGUUUCCAGUGCUGGUAGAGAUCCAUCGAAUUCCGAGAUUACUAGACCAAACACUGAAGGCAGUGGUGGAUCUGUGGAUUCCGAGAGUAAUGUUAAUUCUAACUCUGUACCAAGUGAUUCGAGUCCUAUAACGAACGGUGACAAUACUGUAGGUAAGCCAGUAAACAAUGAAGUUGGUCAUGAGGGCUCUUCCGGGGAUUCAGGUAAAGGAACGUCACUUGAUGCUGAAAUUAAUACUGAAACUAGUGUUCCAGAAAACGUGAAUAUUGGUGGAAGUAAUAGUGGAAAUGGAAAUGUUGUUGAUGUAGAGGGAGGUUCAGCUACUGAUGCAAAUAAUAAUAGUGUGAAUGCUGCAGAGAACAAACCAAAACUACCAGAAAGCGAAAAUAGUGAUAGUAUAACAGUGAGUAUAGGCAUCACUGAAGUUGCUCCUGGUUACUCCGAGAUUACUAGACCAAAUACUGAAGGCAGUGGUGGAUCUGUGGAUUCCGAGAGUAAUGUUACUUCUAAUUCUGUACCAAGUGAUUCGAGUCCUAUAACGAAUGGAGACAAUACUGUAGGUAAGCCAGUAAACACUGAAGUUGGUCAUGAGGGCUCUUCCGGGGAUUCAGGUAAAGAUACGUCACUUGAUGCCGAAAUCAAUACUGAAACUAGUGUUCCAGAAAACGUGAAUAUUGAUGGUAGUAAUAGUGGAAAUGGAAAUGUUGUUGAUGUAGAGGGAGGUUCAGCUAUAGAUGCAAAUAAUAAUAUUGUGAAUGCUGCAGAAAACAAACCAAAACUACCAGAAAGCGAAAAUAGUGAUAGUAUAACAGUGAGUAUAGGCAUCACUGAAGUUGCUCCUGGUUUUAAUUCAGACCUUGGAAUCACUCCUGUUAAUAAUGGAAGACCUACAACUGGUGUUCAAGAAAAUGCAGUCAUUAAUACAGUGAAUGAUAAUACUUCCAUAAAUACAGUUAAGCCAGAAGUAACCGCAAACGCAAACCAAAAUCCAGUCGGGCCAACACAAAGUAAUGUAGGAGCUGUACAUUCCAGUGAUUCUGAAAGUAAUGGUUACAGUGAUACCAUAAAUUCUGUUUCAAAUACUGCUUCACCAGAUGCUUUAUCUAUCACUGAGAAUGUGAAUGACAUUCAACAAGAGGAGGGAAUAAAUAACAGUAACAUAGUACCAGUGCAGAAUAAUGGCUUAGGUAUCAAUAAUAACCUCGGCUCUGAAAAUGCAGUGCUGCAACCUACAAAUGGUGACAGUACAGUAACUGACGAUUCAUUAACAGUACAAACUGGACAGGCAGAAACAAAUACUGUUGACAUUGUACCUGAACAAAAUGUAGAUUCAGUUUCAGUUACAGCUAUCGUUCCCCCAAAUAUGAUCAGCAAUGAUGUUGAAGUGCAAACAAACAUUGAUUAUACCGUGAACGAUGUUUCAGAAGUCCCACAAACUGAUAUAACCAACGUUAGCAUUAUACCAGAUCAAAAUAAGGAAUCAGUAUCACCAAACACUAUUAACAACAAUGCUGGAGAAGAACCAAGUGUUGAUAUUACUAACAUUAAUAAUACACCGGUACAAAAUAUUGAGGAAAUUACUGAAAUAGGCAAUGAACAUGAAACACCAACUACGAGUGGAAUUUUAUUAGAAGAAGCUGCUACCACUAUACAACCAGUCAGUGUUGACGAUAGCAUAACCGAAUUACCAAAACCUCUGCAGCCAGAACAACCUGAAAGUAAUAAAGUAGUUACAGAAAUUAACAUCCCUCCAAACACAAAUGCCAGUACUGUUGAAUCUCAGGUGACAAAUGGAAAUAAUAACGGUUCCGAUCUUCCAGGAUCCAUACAAACAGAACAAACUGAACUUGCUAAUGUUAAUGCUGUAGCAGAAACAGGCAUCUCUGAGUCUGUAACUGAUAAUGUUCCAGUAAAUACCCAUAAUGUAGAGUUUCAAACUAUAAGUACUGAUGAUGCCAUUACGGAGGCGGCUAUAAUUUCACAAACUGAUCAAAAUGGUGAGACUAAUACUCCAUCUGGUUUAGAAUUUACGGUUUCAGAAUAUAAUACACCUGCCAAUGAAGAAAUUGUUACAUUACCUGCAGAGGCUGGCGCAACUAUUCUUGAGAUCUUUACGCAGUAAUUGAUUUGAAUAUCUUAAGCUAUUCUUACAUUGUAACAAACAUGAUUGUCAGCUAACUUUGUAUAUUUAUUGGAGUUUACAGUUCGAUAGUUUUGUAAUAAAAUAUAGUAUUCUAUAGUAUUUUUAAUACACUUCUAUUUAUGAAAAA